AUGGCGUUGUCCUGCGCUAGAAGGGUUCUUGCUGCAUGUGUGCGUGGAGUGGACGGCGGUAGUUGGGAGCGCAGUGGCUCGGGCCGCAGAGGGGCGCUGGCAGUCUCUGUCCCGGGAUACUGAACGCGUGUGCACGAUGUUUAUUCAUGUACAGGCGUGAGUACCCGAAGCUGGUAGGCGUUCCCCUUAAGGUUCAGAGAUUCCACACUGCUGCGUGUCGCUACAAAGGCCGGACGGGCGCCGAGCACCUGUGGCUGAUGCGCCAUCUAAAGGACCCGUUUGUGAAGGCCGCAAAAGCGGAGAGUUACCGCUGCCGCAGCGCCUUCAAGCUCCUGGAGUUGAAUGAGAAGCAUCACAUCCUGCGGCCAGGCCUACGGGUGCUAGACUGCGGCGCGGCUCCGGGAGCCUGGAGUCAGGUGGCUGUGCAGAGAGUCAACGCCACCGGCGCAGACUCCAGCUCUCCAGUGGGCUACGUGCUUGGGGUCGAUCUUCUUCACAUAUUCCCUCUGGAAGGAGCAACUUUUCUAUGCCCCGCUGAUGUGACUGACCCCAGAACUUGCCAGAGAAUUCUAGAACUGCUUCCCAGAAGGAGAGCAGACGUGAUUCUGAGUGACAUGGCACCCAACGCCACUGGGAUCCGAGACUUGGAUCACGACAGGCUCAUCAGCUUGUGCCUUACUCUUGUGGACAUGGCUGCGGACAUCCUGCAUCCCGGGGGGACGCUGUUGUGUAAAACCUGGGCUGGAAGUAAAAGCCACCUGCUACAGAAGAGACUGACCCUGGAAUUCCAGAACACAAGGGUCGUGAAGCCGGAGGCCAGCAGGAAGGAGUCUUCAGAGGUGUACUUCUUAGCCACGCAGUACCGGGCAGGCAAGGGCUCCACGAAGCAGUGAGCCCGCCCUGCCCUGCCCUGCCCUUCUGGGAGUGCUUUCCUGAGAGCGGCUGCGAUCUGAGCUGCACUGCGAUAUGAUCAGCAUAUCCACAGUGCACUGCUGGGUUUUUAAAGAGAUGAAAGAUGUAUUUGAGGGUUGUGAAAAAUGAUAAAAAUGGGGCCACCACGAUGGCUCAGUGAGGAACAGGGCUUGCUGCUAAACCUGAGGAGUGCAGUCUCCAGGACCCCUGUAGUGGAAGGCGAGAACCACCUCCUGAGAGCCGUCCUCUGACCCCACGUGACCUUGCGCACACAUGUACACAGUCUGAGCAGAUGUAUCAGGAUGGCUGAUUUUAUCAGUUUGACACAAACCUCGCUGUACCUGGGAAGAAAGAAUCCAGCUGAGGAAUCGCCUCCAUCAGAUUAGCCUGUGUUCGAGUCUGAGACAUUUUCUUGAUUAAUGAUUGAUGUGGGAGGGUCCAGCCCAGUGGGAGCUACCCUUGGGCAGGUAGUGUAUGAGAAAGGAGGGUGAGCAAGACGUGAGGAACGAGCUAGUAAGCAGCACCCUCCAUGGCCUCCGCUUCAGCUCCUGCCUCCAGGUUUCCACCUUGAGAACCUGCUUUGACUUUCUUCAGUGAUAGAUGAAGAUUGGGAUGAGUGAGCCCAAUAAACCCUUUCCUCCCAACAUCGCCUCCUAAGUGCUGGAAAGAAAACAGAAA